AGGCUUGGGUGCAUGAACAUUACCCAGAGACUGGAGAAGAGGCAGUGACCAUACUGGAAGAUUUAGAGAGAGGCACUGAUGAAGCAGUACUCCAGAUUCCAGUCUGUGGACAUGGACAAGAACUAUUCAGGAGAAAAGUGGCACCUCCUGGACCACCACUUAGUGUCCAGUUCCAGCCAGUGAACACCAAGGUCCUUCAUGGUUCUUCAGAACCCCAACUCCUACUGGACCGUGAUAAUGAGAGUGAAAACAGUGGAUCCAUGCCAAAGCUGGAAAUUUAUGAGAGAAUGGAAUCGCAGAGAAUUAUAUCAGGAAGAAUUUCAGGAUUUGUGUCAGAAGGAUCUGCUGAGCCUCAAGACAUCUGUAAGUCUACAGGCAGGUUAAAUAGACAACAGGAAAAAGAAUCAGGGGAGUCUCAAAAACCAUCAUCUGCUCAGGAUGGAGGUUUUAGUAAAAUCCUCACCCACAAAAAUACACUUACAGGUGAAAUAAUUAGCCAUGAUGGUUGUGAGAGAAGCUUAAAUCUGAACUCAAAUGAAUUUUCACACCAGAAAUCUUGUAAACACAGUACCUAUGACCAAAGUUUCAAAUGGAAUUCAGAUUUUAUUAAGCAUCAAACAAUUUAUGCUGGAGAAAAAAUUCACCAAUAUGGAAAAUCUCUCAAGAGCCCAAACCUUAUUAAACAUUCAGCAAUUUUCAGUGGAGAGAAAAUCCAUCAGUGUAAUGAAUGUGGGAAAGCUUUCAGACACAGCUCAAAGCUUAUCAGGCAUCAGAGAAUCCACACUGGAGAGAGACCUUAUGAAUGUAAUGAGUGUGGGAAAGGCUUUGGGGGGAGCUCAGACCUUAUUAGACACCAGAGGAUUCACACUGGGGAAAGACCCUUUGAAUGCAAAGAAUGUGGGAGAGCAUUCAGCCUGAACUCACAUCUUAUCCUGCAUCAGAGAAUUCACACCAGAGAGAAACCCUAUGAAUGUAGUGAAUGUGGGAAAACCUUCAGAGUGAGCUCACACCUUAUUCGACACCUGAGAAUCCACACUGGAGAGAAACCCUAUGAAUGCAGUGAGUGUGGGAGAGCCUUCAGUCAGAGCUCACACCUUAGUCAACAUCAGAGAAUUCACAAGAGGGAAAACCUAUUAAUGUAAAGAACUUAAAUUCAUAAGGAAAUAGCAAAACGUGAAAAACAUUGAAUAAAAAAUAAAUACUGGGUGAGAUGAAUG